AAUCAUUAAAGAGAUGCUUGUUCCUGGAGGAGGCAGCGAGUUCCUGAUCUGCAGGGCUGCCCAAGGCAGUGACAUGUUAAAAUUGGGGUUAAUGUGAGGUUAAAGCUCUUACCUCACACAUAAUUUCAUUCUUAAAAGGGAUCAGAUAGAGCCAACUCCAGCCACAUUUUCUUUUCCAAUGGAAAACAAGGUGUGUUCGCUCGAGUUUCUUUAAUGAACAUUGGCAGAAGAAUCAGCUGCUGGUGUUCAGAACCCAGACAUCUCCCUCAGAGCUAUUCAAUGCCCUUCUGCUCUUCUGGAGGUAUUUAACACUGGUUAUUAAUAUUUGUGGUUAAUCUUGGCUCCCACCAGCUCCUGUGGCAGGCUCUUGUGCUGUGCUGGUGCUUUGUUGCAUCUACAAAACCUCCUGCAUCUCUGAUAAAUUUUCACAUCCAAUUGCUGGUCUGUCCAUAUUUUUUAGUUAAAAUAGCCUUUUUUUCUCUGAUGUUUCUCCAGGGGUUCACCAAUCAAUAUUAAUGUGAUUUUUUUUUUUUCAAUCCCCUCUGUCCACCACAAUCUUUGGGUCUAUAUUGGCUUAACUUCCUGGAAUCAGAUCUGAACUGCAUUUUAGGAAUUCCCAAGCUCAUCCAGGCUCCUAACCAUGUUUCACUGUUCAUGGAUAUUCACUGCCUUUAUUUCUAAUUUAUUUUUUUUUUACAAGCUGAAUCUGAUGCUCAGAAAGUGACCCCUUUCCAGCUGCCAAGAUGGUCAUAAACGUCUGUCUCCCACAGUUCAAGCCAAGAAUUCACUGCAACAAGAUCUCUGCUGAUGGCUACGAAGUGGAGAACCUGAUCUCCGAGGACCUGGCCAGGAGGAACCGCGGUUUCCGCAGCGAGUACUUCAUCAAACCCCCGGUCCACGUCACCAUCUCCUUUCCCUUCAACAUCGAGAUCUGCAGGAUUAACAUCGACAUCUCCUCUGGGGGGUACCAAACCUUCUCUGGGCUCGAAGUUUACACCUCUACCUCAAGCCACAAAACCUCUUGGCAGAGCCCCGAGGGGCCCUUCUCAGGUCUGGCCGGGCAGCCUGUGUCGGACAAAGACACUUUCACGCUGGUGGGCAAAGCUGUCCUAAAGAAUCAAAGCAAAGUGACUUUCGGCCACAGAGGCUUCAAGCCGAGGCCUCCCUUCCAUCAGAUGGAAAAUGUCUUCUCCUACCCCGGCUCCGUGUCCCAGGACCUCUGGAACAAAGGCCCCGCCUCGCUCAGCAACGUGUCGCACCUGAAAAUCUGCAUCACGCACGUGGCGGGGGGUGGUUUGCCAAGCAUCAAGAGGCUGGAGGUGUGGGCACAGCCUGCCAAGUCCUGCCCACAGGAGGUGAUUGAGGGCGUCUUCCAGGUGGCCUCCCAGUUCCUGGCCCAGGACGCUGGCGGCCUCAAGCCUGAGCUGUGGACGCCGAUGGAGAGCGACUGCGUCCCCUUCAGCGCCAGCGACAGCGAGCAGCACACCCUCCGCAAGCUGGUGGACGUCGUCCAGGACAUCCCCGAGGAAUUCCUGGACCCCAUCACCCUGGAGAUCAUGACUUUCCCCAUGCUCCUGCCCUCCGGGAAGGUGAUCGACCAGACCACCUUGGAAAAGUGCAACCGCAGCGAGGCGUCCUGGGGGAGGGUCCCCAGCGACCCCUUCACCGGGGUGGCCUUCAGCCAGCACUCGCAGCCCCUACCUCACCCCACCCUCAAGGCCAGGAUAGACCACUUCCUGCUGCAGCACAGCAUCCCUGGCACCAACCUGCUGGGGAGGGCUCAUUCCUCGGAGACCCUCGUGCCCUCUUCCGUAACCAUGUCUUCUCUGAAAAGGAAAAUGGACUGCCUGGACCAGGGCUCCCUGCAGCCGCCCUAUUUUUCUGCUACAAACUUACUUGUCUCCUCUACCUCAGAGAACAGUGCUAAAAAACUGAGAACUGACAGUGACUCCCACCUGACCCAGAUGGACUGUUCCACAGAUCUGGUGUCCCACGAGCAGAAGCUGUCGGAGAGCUUGGACACUGCCCUGACCUCGGCCCUCAGCUCCAUGCCCUCUUUCACGGCCAAGCUGAUGAAGAGCCAGCAGCAGCCAAGUGAGGGAGGCUGCAGCAGCUCCUGGAGCGUGGGCACAGUCCUUGAGCACGGCAGGAGCAGCCAGACCCAGGGAUGCUCUUCCUGCGGCAAAACCUUUUCCUCCUACUUCAAACCGGAGCCCAUUUACCAGCUGCCCUGCGGGCACCUCGUGUGCCGGCCCUGCCUGGCCGAGCGGCAGAAGGCGCCGUCCCCCAUCCAGUGCGGGAGCUGCAAGAGGUCGGCAGCCACCCAGGACGUCAGGAGGGUUCACUUCUGACCCCCGGGCUGCCGGGAGGACGAGGGCGAGAAGCUGGUGCCGUUCCCCGUGGAUCCGCCCGAGCAUCAGCGGCCCGCAGGAGGAGCCGGAGAGCGGAGAGGACUCGGUGUUGUGCUUGCGGAGUAGCGGGGCGGGGGGUGGGGGGUUAGAGCACCGCGCCGGAGGAUAACAAAAGCCAUAGCUUCUUUAUCAAGGAACGUGUAUUUAUACAGGACUGAUCUCCACCCGCCCUCCCACCACCUCCCCGUGGCUCAGUGGUUUAGCUUUAGGUGCCUUUCGGACCGCGAGUGCAGCUUCCCCGGGAGCUCAGACCACACCUCUGACGAGCAGCCCCCUUCGGUUGUGGAGCAGGAAAAGUCCUUGUGAGUGACAACACACAGAAGCUCCUUGACUUCCCCCCCUCCUCCCUCCCCACCUCACUUUCUCCUCCCAGAGCACAUCCUUCAUCCUGGAAUCCUCCUCCAUCCCAGAAUCCAGCGGUAAGAGGCCCUGGUUAAGGUAUGAGGAACUGGCAGUGAUCUCACCCCUGCUCACACCAACUCUUGUAGAAAAGCCAUCCCAUCCCACCCGACGUCCCUCUCGGUUUAUGUCGUGUGACCAGACCAGCUCCAGGCUGGCUGAUAGACAUUUAAGCCUUAAUAAA